AAGUGUUGGAAAACGGGAAGGAGGCACUGUCGUAGUUAAGGCCGGCCAGCUGCUGACCUCUAUCGUCAACCCACAGCUGGGGACUCUUAGCUGGCAGCUGCAUUUCUACUGAUCCGAGAGUCCUACAUCUCCUACCCGAGGCGAGGCUGUAACCCACUGCCUGCUUCAGGCACUCUGCCCGUGUUUUACCCCUACAUUUCCGCCUGCACGUUUAAAGAUGCUCCAGGUCCUGCCCAGAAACCGGUGCCUGUCCUGCAGACCCUCGGAGCGGCAGAUUCGGUUUCAAGCCUGCACCCCUUCCUCGGAACUACAUUUCCCACAACCGCGUGCGGCACCUCCCGUGAGGCCUCUCGAGCGCGAGCGCCAGCAACAACUUCCUGCUUAGCGGAAGGCGGCGAAGCCAGCGUUCCGAAGAACUGUAUGAUUCAUUGAUUCCUGGGGCUAUCAUACCAUGGCUGAAACAGACACUGACAGAAACCAGAUUGAGAAACUUCUAAAAAGAGUACAAGAACUGGAGCAGGAAGUACAAAGACUUAAAAAAGAACAAUCCAACAAUAUCAAAGACCCAAACGUUAAAGAAAAUUCUUCAGGAUCUGGAAAAGCUCAGCGUGCAUUUGAUUUCAGUGCCCACAGCCAAAGACAUGUAGCUCUAAGAAUAGCCUAUCUGGGCUGGGGAUACCAGGGCUUUGCUAGUCAGGAAAACACAGACAAUACCAUUGAAGAGAAACUGUUUGAGGCUCUGACCAAGACUCGACUGAUAGAAAGCAGACAGACAUCCAACUAUCACCGGUGUGGGCGAACAGACAAAGGAGUUAGUGCCUUUGGACAGGUGAUUUCUCUUGACCUGCGGUCUCAAUUUCCAAGGGGCAAAGAUUCAAAAGAUCUUAAUUUAAAAGAUGAAGUCAGUGAUGAUGCCAAAGAGAUCCGUUAUACCCACAUUCUCAAUCGGGUACUCCCUCCAGACAUCCGUGUACUGGCCUGGGCCCCUGUAGAAUCUAGUUUCAGUGCUAGGUUCAGCUGUCUUGAGCGCACUUACCGCUAUUUUUUCCCUUGUGCUGAUUUAGAUAUUGUAAGGAUGAAUUAUGCAGCUCAGAAGUAUGUUGGCACUCAUGAUUUCAGGAACUUGUGUAAAAUGGAUGUAGCGAAUGGAGUGAUUAAUUUUCAGAGGACUAUUCUGUCUGCUCAAGUACAGCUAGUGGGACAGAGCCUGGGUGAGGAGAGAUGGCAAGAACCUUUCCAGUUAUGUCAAUUUGAAGUGACUGGGCAGGCAUUCCUUUAUCAUCAAGUCCGAUGUAUGAUGGCUAUCCUCUUUCUGAUUGGCCAAGGAAUGGAGAAGCCAGAAGUUAUUGAUGAGUUGCUGAAUAUAGAGAAAAAUCCCCAGAAGCCUCAAUAUAGUAUGGCUGUAGAAUUUCCUCUAAUCUUGUAUGACUGUAAGUUUGAAAAUAUCAAGUGGAUCUAUGAUCAGGAGGUUCAGGAGUUCAAUGUUACUCACCUACAGCAACUAUGGGCUAAUCAUACUGUCAAAAGUCACAUGUUGUAUAAUAUGCUGCAAGGACUGGACUCUGUUGUAUUACCCUGUAAAACAGGACCAAACAUGGAUGGAACAAUAGAAUGGAGAAACAUUAAGCCCUCUGUCAUAAAGCAGACCAGUGCCUUUGUAGAAGGAGUGAAAAUGCGCAAAUAUAGGCCCCUCAUGGAUCGGCCUAAAUGCCAAGGAUUGGAAUCCCGGAUCCAGCAUUUUAUUCGUAGAGGACGCUUUGAGCACCCACAUUUAUUCCAUAAAGAAGAAACAAAAGCUAAACGGGAUUGUCAUGACACACUGGAAGAAGAGAAUACUAUUUUGGAGAAACCAAAAAAGAAGGUCUGUGUAGAUGCAGAAAUUAAAAGCAUCAUUUAAUCAUAGCAAACUUACUGGGAUCUAGGAGACAACUUACUGGUGUAGGUAGAUAGAAAAGAAAUACAAAAAAAAUUUUACUGCAAGAAGUUCUAGAAAUUCUGAUGAUCAGCUCUUUUUUUUAUUUUUUUUUUAUUUUUUGGUACUGGGGAUCGAACUCGGGUCCUUGCCACUUGCGCAGCAGGCGGUGAAACCACUGAGCUAAAUCCCCGGCCCAAUCAGCUUUUUUUUAAAAAGGCCCAAUUAAGGAAGUUCUUCCUUAAAUAAGAGACCCAAGCUGCGUGUGGUGGUGCAUGCCUACAAUCUCAGCACUCAGGAGGCUGAGGCAGGAGGACUGAUGUGAGUUCGGCUACAGCCUGGGCUAUAUGAGGCCAGUCUGAACUGUAUAGUGAGACCCUCUCUCAUAACCCACGCCCCCCCCGCCCCAAAACCCAACAAACAAACAAAAAAAUGAGCGAGACCAAACAUUUUCUCAUUCCCAUCCAAAGGAUUAAGAGAUGAAAAAAGCAAAAAGCAAUUGGAAUUUAUGUACAUCUGGGAACAUGUGCCUUGUGUUUAAAUUCAUUAAAGCCUGAUCCCACAAGCGUCUCA